CGUCAGGGGUGGGGGAACAAGCAAGCUAAAACUUAAAACGGAUGUUGAUAUAUGUGCUGUAGCGUAGAGCCACAACAGUAUCAUUUUUUUAAUAGAAUAUCCACCAAGGAACAGGGUCUCGUGUAGUUCAUCAUGCGUUGUAUUAUGUGCGAGAAGGAAGGGGCCCGCUACCGAUGUCGCCCCUGCGGCUCGGCGUACUGCAGCAGCGACUGCUUUAAAACGCAUCGCGCAGAAGGGGAGGAUGCACGCCUCUGUAGUGUGAUCCUCGCGAUGCAGAAGAAGCUUUCCCCCCCCAACGAUGCCGAUCUCGCACCGGACCUUUUCUCUGACGCCGCGGCGAAAAGUGGGCGCGGGAAAAUUGAGAAGUCGGCGGCGACCGCGCCUGAGGGGAAUACGGGAAUGAAGGAAAAGGAGGAGGAAGAGGAGCCAGGGGUGUUAUAUCUGCUGAAGGAACGCCAUCUCGCGGCGUUGGCGAACGAUCCCGACAUCCGUCGUGCGCUCCGGAGCUCGCUGCUCCAGCAGAUGCUCCGAACGAUUGAUCAGAGUCGCUCGCGUCUAGACGCGCUCGACGCCGCUUUGCACAACAAUCCAGAUUUUAAGCAUUUCUGCGAGGAGGUGAUCAACCUCGUGGCUCUCGUUGAAGAAGGAAAGCUUCAUCACAAACGAAGACGGCGGCGAUAAGAAAGGGGGGGGAGGAAGAGCGUAAGAGAAAAAAUCAAGUGUACGAUUAUUUUUCUAUAUUUAUAUACAUAUAAAGGGGGGAGGGUGGGUGGGUGGGUGAGCUUACUUUUCUCACCAGAUGUUUUCCACCUUUAAGGAGGAAAUCAUACAUUACCGUAGUUUCAGUGAGAUGUUUCUUCUACCUCCACACUUUCCUUUUCGAUUUAAGCCUUUUCCAUCCUAUAACAUUCUUCUUAGUCGUUGUUUUUUAUCUUGCGUUCGAAAUAGUUUUAAUAUUACCCUUUUUGUAAUCAUACAUUUUUGAUUUUAUUUUCUACUUUGGUAUAACGGGAAAGCGUAAAGGUUGGAUAAAUUGUAACUAUAUUUUAAUUUUUUACAAAAAUUGUUCUAUUUUGGAUUCCCUGUGUGUGA